CUCCUCUCAGUCUCAAAACCUAUAUAAGGAAGGCAGAUUCUCCUCCAUUCCUUCUUCCCAGCAUCAUCACCAACAGAGCUCGCAAAGCAAGCAACAGUACACAAGAAUAACCUCUGACUCUACUCUUUUCAAUCCAAGAAAUCAAAUUUUUGCAAUGUCUACCGUUGUGACCACUGCUCCUCCUGUGCAGACCAUGUCUCUCCAGGCAGUUUCGCACUCGGGCUCUUCGGACGAGGAGCUCUUGCAGCUUUUUCGCCGAGUGACCAUCAGCAGUUCUGAUGGCCACGAUGUGUCUGAGAUACAAAUCAAGAAGGCCUUCCAGCAGGAGAUCAGCCGGCCCCUGGGUCGACAGAUGCUGGAGGCAUCCUUGGCGCAUGCGAAUGGCUGCUCUUGCUAUCACUGGAACUACCAUGACCGGAUCAGCGGCAAAGUCAACAUCUCUCGGGUUGACUUGACUUUUGACCUGACUUCAAAGAGCAUGGGACAGGCCGUGAAGGGUGAAGCUGCUGGAUUCUACAGGCCCAACAGUGCUUUUAUCAAUGCAACCGUCUACUAUGACGACCAACAAUAUCUCCAGGGCAACCAGAGCGUCCAGAUCUACAUGGAUGGAAGCAAAUUCAUCAUCGACUUCUUCACCACCGACCAGUCGGACAAGCCAGUCGCGCGUAUCGUCCAGAACGCCUCAUCCUUCACCUUCCAGGGCACUGACACUGGUGACGCUACCUGGGGUACUAGCUAGUGACUGAGUCGAUGGCCGCUGGAAGAAGCCCUUUGGGGUUCCCUGAUGACAAUACUCAUCUAUGGCAAUCAAUUUGGAGAUGACGGGGUGAUGCGGAUCACGAUGGAGAUGAUGACGAUGAUUAUGUCUCGGGCUUUGUCUUGUUAUUUGUUGCUUUUCAGUCGAUCCUUACUUAUCAGUUUUGUUUAGUCUUGCUUGCUAGGAAGAAUAAGAAUUGAU